CUGCAGGAGAGACAGCGCAGUGCUCGUCUCCUGAGCCAACGCCAGCUGCUGGAGGGUGAUGAUGAGUAGCUUCAGGAUGGAGCCCCAGCAGCUGGCUGAAAACCAUGCCUGGCUAUAAAAGCCAGUCAGGAGCAACAGCCAGGCGUGGAAGCAACGUCUCUACUGUCUGCAACCACUCUGUGCUCCGUGAACCUUGCCCGUGCCUACUGUUGGACCUGACACUACCGGUAACUGACCUUGGACUGUGCCUGACCUUGCUCUUGGACUCUGGACUCAACUCUGGCAUUAGCUUGUGCUCUGACCACUGCUUUGACUUGGCUUUUGGCUCCUGAAACUCCCUCUGGACUUGGUAUCAAGGUUUGGACCGGCACCACCCUGCUUGGGCUGGCCCAGCCCGUGACAACAUCAAGGUACUACAGUGACGGUACUCCCCCCACUUUUCUCCCCCUGCACUGGGCAGCAGUGGAGAAGCCAGAGGAUAAGGAACUCGCGUGAGGAAACGCGAUAUUUCGCAUUUUCCCCGUCGCGAUCCGGAAGAGGGCAGCAUGAAGCGACUUAAGGAGUCAGGGGAAAGAGGUGGCAUCACUGUGCAUCACUGACAACUGUGGCACUUUUCAACCCCCAGGAACCUGAAGAAACGAGGUUUGCAAGUCCAUCUCUUCACAACUGCCAUGAUUUGUCCUAAGAAACUUAAUGAAGCUCUACUUCAAGGAUGCAGCAACACUGUCACCUCCCAGGGAGGCUCAAAUCAAGAAUGGGGAUGAGGAGGAGGAAGAAGAGCACAAGGAGGGGGAAAGUUGCAGGUUCACUGCUGAGGACCGUCAAUAGCUGAGUUCUUUGUGUUGGUUCUUACCUGCUCUAUCACUCCAUUUUGCUCUUUCUGUAGGUGCCCUCAUUUUGGAACUAUGUAUCUUCCAGAAAGACGCCUCUUCAGUCAACCAUCCCUUGUGAUCUGUCUGGUUUUCUUUAGCCUUCUGUCUCUCUCCACAUUUUUGCACCUGCAGAAAAACAAUUAUUACCCAUGGUGGAGGAUCAGUAUAAAAAACACAUCUACCCUCCCAGACCACAAACCCACUUCCUUCCUCAACACAACUCCCGGAACACCCACAAAGAACUUGGAUAGAGGGAUGUGGACAGUGAACUCUAUCGGGCGUUUGGGAAACCAGAUGGGAGAAUAUGCCACCCUCUAUGCCUUAGCCAAGCUCAACGGGCAUCAAGCCUACAUCCUUCCAGCGAUGCACCAGUAUCUGGCACCAAUAUUCAAGAUCACUUUGCCUGUGGUCCCUUCUGAAUUGGUUGGCAAAAUCCCCUGGAGAAACUAUAAUCUCCAUGACUGGAUGUCAGAGGAGUAUCGUCACAUCCAGGGCAAGUAUGUGCGGCUAACAGGCUAUCCUUGUUCUUUCACUUUUUAUGACCACAUCCGCCAGGAGAUACUUCAGGAGUUCACUUUCCAUGACUACAUCAAAGAGGACACCAACCAAUACCUUCUGCAGCUGCGGGGGCAGCGCAAGGAGGUCACAUACAUUGGAGUGCAUGUCCGGAGAGGGGAUUAUGUGAAUGUAAUGCCCAAUGUCUGGAAAGGUGUAGUGGCUGACAAAGAUUAUCUGGAGAAAGCCAUGAAUUAUUUCAGAGAGAAAUACCAUGACGCCAUCUUUGUAGUGGUCAGCAAUGGGAUGGAUUGGUGCAAGCAGAACAUUAAUGCAUCCAGGGGUGAUGUUUAUUUUGCCGGCGAUGGGCGGGAAUCAUCCCCAGGAAGGGAUUUUGCACUAAUUGCCCACUGCAAUCAUACAAUAAUGACAAUUGGUACCUUUGGCAUCUGGGCCGGCUACCUGGUUGGCGGAGAGACGGUUUACUUGGCCAACUACACCCUCCCGGACUCACCAUUCCUCAAGGUGUUUAAGCCAUCUGCAGCCUUCUUGCCUGAAUGGAUUGGGAUCCCAGCUGACCUUUCUCCUCUACUACCCAAGUCUUAACUUAGGUGCAGGUGCAGGUCUGUAAAUCUAGGAACUGAUCCCACCAGGCAUGUAUGUCAGACGAGAUGUUCAAAAGUUGUCCUAGCAGGAAACUAGACAAUCUACUGUAUUGGUUCCUGUUUAAGAACUUCCUUGGACCUUUGGAGAUGGAGAGAGCCCCUUAUACUGACCCCUCUAUUGACAUUCAUAAAUUUUUCCAGGAAACACAAGGCACUAUUCACACAAUCUUAAACUAGUUUAAUUGUCAUUUCUUUUUCCUUAGGGAUUCUUGGAACUGUAGUUCUGUAAGUAAGGAUUUGGGGAAUGUUUUACAAUAACAGAGCAAAAAGAACAAAAAGACAACAGUGCAGUGGGAGAAAGAAUAGUUUUAUUCCAUUAUACUGCCCCUAUGUGUUUUGCCGAUGUUUCUUCAGUGGUAUAAAUAAAAACAAGAAUUAACAUAUUGUCAUUUUAAAAAAUCAAAACAGGCUGUAAAAGAGAGUGCACACUGAGCAUGUGAAGUGCAUACAUGAAUACUGAACUACACCUCCCAGAGAAUGUUACAGAUACUAUACAGGCGCAAUGCGCCAUUGGAAACAUGAAUCUUAAAACAAAUUCGGUACACAUCACUCCUAGACUUUCACAAGUUAGAAAGAUACGUAUAAAACUAGCCUGUAUAAUAGUAUCCAGCGGUUCCUACAGAAAUAGAAUUUCAGGCAGAGAAGUGCACUGGUCUGACUCGCAUAUGAAAUAACAGUUUCAGAUUCUUCAGUCUCAGGAUCCAGGUGUAGGGGACGUAAGAUGGAAUAAAACUAUUUCCCCCUGUGGAUCGUUUUUUAAAAUUCUUUUGCUCUGUCUUUGGUGUGGCUCUCUUCUCCUGUGUUACAAGGACAAAGGUCAUCUGAAAAGCCCUGUUAGAUCAGACCAAUAGUCCAUUGUCCAGCAUCCUGUUUUCCAAAGUGGCCAAAUCAGAAGGCAUGGGAGCCAAAGGCUCUCCCUGUUUUUGCACCCCAGGAAAGGUCCACUGCUUUCCGAUUAACAUUGCAUCUCCCCACACUUGAAGAACAUGCGCCAAGGCAUCCUGCGUAGAAAGCCUCUUAGCCAACAUGUGUAAUAGGCACUAAGGGGGACCUAAUCCUUCAUGUAUUUGUCUAAUUAACCUGUGGAAGCAAAUUCCAUGUUACUUAUGUCUUGUGUGAAGAAGUAUGUAAUUGCACUUUCAGCACUUUCAGGAUAGUUUGGGGAAAACAAGCCCCAUUAAAAAUAGGUUGGAAACCUGUUCACAUUUGUAGUGUGAAUGGGAACUUUCACUCUGCAGUAAGAGUCAGGUUCGGUUCCUUGCUGAUGGCUAAGCAAAUGGGCAAGGGAGGGAAAAAUAACACCUGAAAAGCAAUUUUGAGCCUGAUCAGAGCAACAUAAAAAAGCCAUUGGAUAAAAGAUGCUGCUUCAGAACAGGCUACAUGGGUACGGUCCUAUUGUUAUUGGAAUUGGUCUCCUUGUGAGUAAGAGAGGGGAAUUAGUGGCAAGGAGAAGGCUAUGCGAGAGGGGUAACAAGCAAGAUCCUCCACCAAUUUUUACAGGAUCAUCUCCGUAAGGAAACUAAUGAGAGAUGGGUGUUUUCCAAAUAAAGAAUGGUUUUAUUUAAAAGGGGGAAACUCACACAACAAGAGGCAAAUAAACAGUUUUCACAAGCACACAAGAAUCCAAGGAAAGCAGUGAGAAAAAAUGGGAAUAGAUUGCAGGAUUUUCAAGUGGUAGUUACUAAUUAGAGGACUAGAGUAGUUCGCAGAGGAAGAGGGCUUCAAACAGUCAGCAUUUUCAACCAGGAGAAGCUCAAAGAGACCCUGAGGGCACUACGCUUGAGCCCCAGUAAGCAUGUACAAUUUGACUGGUGCAAAGCCAGUAUUCUUACAGGAUAAAUCAUAGCUGGGGGCUGGAGAGUGACUUCAGCCACUAAGACAAAAACCUUAAUGGUUGUUUCUUGGGAUGGACAAAAGGCUUGAGUACUUUGAUUGGUGCUGCUGGGGUGCGACAAAAGAGUUAGACUGACUUCUCCUGGUGUCUUACAAAGAAACUACAGUUAAUUAAAUACUCCCCCAGAGCUGGCUGAUGAAUUUAGAGUUUUGAUUAAAUGUUCCCAGGAACAGUUUUAAACGUAUCAGAGCUGAUGGAUGGCCCUAGAUUGUGGGAUAGGAUCUAAUCAAUGGGAAGAGGGGACACUGGAAUGUCUAAUGGGAGGUGACUCAACAGCACCUUUCUUGCCAGGGAUAGCAUGUCUGCAGCUUGGGAGGGCAGGAACUAAUCACACCCAGUCACUUGGCAUGUACUCCCAUUCCAUUUAUGGUUCACUGGCAAUACUCUGCUCAGCCGGGUAGCUUGCUAAUGCAGCUUGAAUCACAUUAGUUACAGUGGCUUAUGAUUUUAUAUCAUAAGUAGCUAUUAAAACAGCGGUGGCUAGACGAACUGCUCACACUAUCGUCUUUAUGGAAUGAACAUAUGUAGCUGCCUAUUCUUGAAUCAGACCUCUGGCUCACUCAUCUUGCUCAAGAUUUGUUUACUGUAACUGGCAGGGGGUCUGCACGGUUUCUCCCAGCCUGGAUACCCAAGAUCCUUUGAUGGGAGAUAUCUCAGAUUGAAUCUGGGACUUUGUAUAUAAAGUACACACUGUGACUGAAAUUUCUGAGUCUUCCCUGUAUAGUGUGAUGAGAACCAGAGGAAUUUGUUAGCUCAAGCCUCCAAGCAUAGCUGCUUUCUAUGCACAGGAUCCCAGAUUCUAAAUAUCCCUUUUCAAAGGUAAAUAAAAUAAAGGCAUGAUUCUCAGUUUUAUUUGAACUCCAAGAGAACAGAAAAGAGAAUAUCGCUGUGUUGUGGGACAAAACUUGUGUAUUUUGUGUAUGGACCUCCCAAGAAGUUUAAGAAAAAAGCAGGCAUGUGGGUUAGUUAAGUUGGGCUGGAAGCAAGGCACAGCGGAUGUGACUAUGCUUUCCCCCUCAUGCUGAUUUCUUGACCCGCCAGGGCCCUGUGGAACUCACAAAUGAGUUGUGAGGUCUCCUCCUCAGCUCCUGCAUGUGUGGUGUCCAGUUAGCAUCAGGACUGUGAACUGUGUACGUGGAUAAGGGACUUCAGCCUUCCACCUCCUUUUUUCUAGCAUGAAACAGUCCCAGAGGGGACUAUGAGUCUGUUGAGGAAAUAAACAUGUAUUCUAGGGAACAUGCAGUGUGGCAUACUGGUUACAGUGUCGGACUAGGAUCUGGGAGACCCAGGUUCAAAUCUCCACUGCGCCAUGGAAGCUCACUGGGUGAUCUUGGGCCAGUCACCCACUCUCAGCCUAACCCACCUCAUAGGGUUAUUCUAAGAAUAAAAUGGAGGGAAGCAGAACUACGUGAGCUGCUUUGGGUCCCAUUGUUGGACUAUAAAUGAAGUGAUCAAAAAAAUUAAAAUAAUACAUGUGUCCCCCCAAAUAGUGUUCCUUGGGGCUGCUUCAGAAUGGGAAAAAUGUGUCUGAGCGAGGGAGGUUGAAGUCUUUUCUUCCAGUCCGCUGUGGUCCUGAUCCUAACUGGACAAGAAAACCAGACAAGUUCCUGAAAAAACACUAUUGGACAGAAGCUGAAUAUAUUUUAGAUGUGUGCUGUUUUAAGCAAACCCUCCAGAUGUUCAAAGAUCAAAACUUUCAGCUCAUUUAAGGAAAAAAAUAUCAUGGAAAGGAGUUUUUACAUUUGAAAGACCCAUUGUAGUUCCGAUUAUGAAUGGCGGAGCAGGCGGAUACACAUGUACAGGCUUAUUAUCUGCAGAUGGAUCUUUUAAGCACCUGAUGUGUAUUACUAGGGUCCUGGUAGACACGCCAACAAGGAGUUGACCUGUGGUGUUAAAGUUGUUGCAUAUUCCAGUGAGGAAGAUGUGAUAGCCUGUUGCAGGGUGUGUAUGUUUUGUGUGAAAACACACAUUUAUUGUAAAGUAAGCCAACUUUGUCAGAUGCAGUGAGGUGAAUCUUCAGUAAGAUAUUUUAUACACAUAUAGAGAAAAGAAAAAAAAUGUGAAUGGGAGGUUGAAAUGCCUGGCUUGUGCCAUGCAAAUAAACACAGUGGUCGUUCACAGCAAAUGCAACUGGUGAUUACGCGUACUACUAGAUUAUGCUGAGCAACUUAACACCUAAUGCACUGGCCAAACCUCUUGGCUUUUUAAUUGAUUGAUUCAUUCUAAUUCAUCAAUUACUUUUUGGGAUUUGAAGUUCCUUUGUUGGAGAAUGCUGACUUUCAGGUUUGCAAGGGAACAUGGUGGAAGAUGGAAAAUGUUCACCAGCUGCUUUGAACGUUGUCUUGGUUUGUGUUGUUUCACAGCAUCCUUAGCCAUUUGUUCCAUGACUGCAACUUCAUGACCUGACGCUUUUGCAAGGGGACUGAUCCUAGCCGCUAUUGUUUCACAGCAGGGGUGGCUAUAAAACUUUAAGACUGUACCACACAAUUAUUGUGCAAUUAGAUAUGGAAAUGCCACAACACAGAGAAUCCCAUGACCUGUAGUGCUGCACUUGUGUAAGGGUCCUGCAUCUGAUUAUAUUCAGUGCCCCCUCCCUACUGCACACUGAAGAACUGAAUGGAGAGCCAGUGUGGUGCAGUAGCUAGAAUGGUGGGUUAGGAUCUGGGAGAUCCAGGUUCAAAUCCCAAAUCUGCUAUGGGAAUUCACUGGGUGGCUUUGAGCCAGUCACUUUCAGGAGUGUUGAUGUGAGAAUUAAACGGAGGAGAAGAGAACAAUGGUGUAAGCUAUUUCAGGUUCCCAUUGGUGAGAAAAGUGGAUAAUUAAUAAAUAAAAGUGAAACUGGUGAACUAGAA